GCUGCAGUGGGAGGAGGCGGAUCUCUGCUCCGUAUAACAGCGCAGCGCAGCAGGUCUCUCUGCAGACUCCCUACCAGACUCUCUGCAGACUCCCUACCAGACCCUCUGCAGACUCCCUACCAGACUCUCUGCAGACUCCCUACCAGACUCUCUACCAGACUCUCUGCCAGACUCUCUCCACUCCGACCAGGAGCACCAGCACAACCGGGACUUUACCCCAGACUUCCCAGUUCAUUUCUCAACCAGCAACUCUGAGGAAUUAAACCGAGGAUAAGACCCCGAUUUGCAGAUUAAUAACUCACCUGUCAAUCACCGACGUUCGCCAUGACGCUGAGUACCACCGACCUGACGGAGCUGAUGGAGAUGUGGGAGGAGCUUAACUUCUCCUCCAGUGAGCAUGGCGACAACGACUCCCAGGUGGAGACCCUCGUGUGCCCGGCGGGCUUCAGCCAAACCUCGCUCCUCUACACGCUGUCCAUCCUCUACAUCUUCAUCUUCCUGGUGGGCCUGGCCGCCAACGUGCUGGUGGUGUGGGUCAACGUGCGCUCAGACAGGAACCGCUACGAGACCCACCUGUACAUCCUCAACUUGGCCGUGGCCGACCUGUGUGUGGUGGCCACGCUGCCCAUCUGGGUCAGCUCGCUCCUCCAGCUCGGCCACUGGCCGUUCGGACAAGCUGUUUGUAAGAUCACCCACCUGGUCUUCAGCGUCAACCUCUUCAGCAGCAUCUUCUUCCUCACCUGCAUGAGCGUGGACCGCUACCUGUCCGUGGUUCUGUUCGGCGACUCGUCCAACAGUCGCAGAAAGAAGGUGAUCCGCAGGGCGAUUUGUGUUGCAGUCUGGCUGCUGGCGCUGGCGGCAUCCAUCCCCGACACCUACUUCCUCCAGGCCGUCAAGUCGUCCCACUCCAACAGCACCCUGUGCCGGCCCGUCUACCCGUCCGACAGCCCCCGGGAGUGGAUGGUGGACAUCCAGCUCAGCUUCAUCAUUCUGGGCUUUGCCAUCCCCUUCCCGGUCAUCACCAUCUUCUACGUCCUCCUGGCCGGUGCCAUCCCACCCGGCUCGGAUCAAGAGCGCCGGAUCAGCCGGAAGAUCAUCCUGACCUACAUCGUGGUCUUCCUGGUCUGCUGGCUGCCAUAUCACGGCGUGCUCCUGCUGGACACUCUGUCGCUCCUCCAUGUCGUCCCUUUCAGCUGCAAACUGGAGAACUUCCUGUACGUGGCGCUGCACCUCACCCAGUGCUUCUCCCUCCUCCACUGCUGCGUCAACCCCAUCCUCUACAACUUCAUCAACAAGAACUACCGCUACGACCUGAUGAAGGCCUUCAUCUUCAAGUACUCCACCAAGACGGGCCUGGCGAAGCUCAUCGACACCUCGCGCGUCUCCGAGGCGGAGUAUUCGACGGUGGCCGUGGAGAACGGCGGCCUCCUGUGAAAGAGGAGUGCCGGGAGAGAAAGUCAAGAGACUUUAUUUUUUCAACCGUCAACCAAAGUUUUUUGUCGGUGCAGCUAGACACCUGCUGGCAUUCAGGAACGUUUGUGGAAGGAGACAGAAGGCACUGUCGGACUCAAACUCACGCUUUGACCAAAACCAUGUAAUAUUAGCUCUCAUAUGUUUUCUCUUUGUGUUAAGUAACGUGGACUGGGUGGAACCGAAUAGAACUUUGGAAAGCACUUCAGCGAAGGUGGAGACAUGACAUCAUCCAGAUGGACAGACAUUAUAAACACUCCCUCACACACACACACACACUCAGUCUGAGUUAAUAUCACUGUCUCUCUCUAACACACACACACACAC